GUCCUAAACAAAAAACAGUCUCCCUUGUCUACAAAUACCAAACUCACAUACCUUCAACAAAACAAAACACUCUCAAACCCAAUUAAACCCUCCAAAUCUCCCAUCAAACACCCCCCAAAAUGGCAGAUUUAUCAGCAAUCUCAGCCUCCCCAACACCAAUUCUCAAAGAUGAGCUAGACAUAGUGAUCCCCACCAUUAGAAACUUAGAUUUCCUAGAGAUGUGGAGGCCCUUUUUUCAGAAUUAUCAUCUCAUCAUUGUCCAAGAUGGUGACCCUUCAAAGACCAUUAAAGUUCCUGAAGGGUUUGAUUAUGAGCUCUAUAAUAGGAAUGAUAUUAAUAGGAUUUUGGGUCCUAAAGCUUCUUGUAUUUCCUUCAAGGACUCUGCUUGUAGAUGCUUUGGUUAUAUGGUUUCUAAGAAGAAAUAUAUUUAUACCAUUGAUGAUGACUGCUUUGUUGCCAAAGAUCCUACUGGCAAAGAUAUUAACGCACUUGAGCAGCACAUUAAGAAUCUUCUGAGUCCAUCGACUCCGUUUUUCUUCAACACCUUGUACGACCCGUACCGCACUGGCGCUGAUUUUGUUCGUGGGUAUCCAUUUAGCCUCCGUGAGGGUGUCCCUACAGCUAUUUCGCAUGGUCUCUGGCUCAACAUUCCUGAUUACGAUGCCCCCACCCAGCUUGUCAAGCCACUCGAGAGGAACACUAGGUAUGUUGAUGCUGUAAUGAGCAUACCAAAGGGAACCUUGUACCCCAUGUGUGGUAUGAAUCUGGGAUUCAACCGUGAAUUGAUUGGCCCAGCAAUGUACUUUGGUCUCAUGGGAGAUGGUCAACCAAUUGGACGCUACGACGAUAUGUGGGCUGGCUGGUGCACCAAGGUUAUAUGCGACCACUUGGGUUACGGAGUCAAGACUGGAUUGCCUUACAUCUACCACAGCAAAGCAAGCAAUCCAUUCGUGAACCUCAAGAAGGAAUACAAAGGAAUCUACUGGCAAGAAGAGCUGAUUCCAUUUUUCCAAUCCGCAGUCCUUCCGAAGGAAUGCACCACCGUUCAGAAAUGCUACAUUGAACUCUCCAAGCAAGUUAAGGCGAAACUCGGUAAAGUAGAUGAAUACUUUAUCAAGCUAGCAGACGCCAUGGUCACAUGGAUCGAAGCGUGGGAUGAGCUGAACCCAUCUGGAAACUCCGGCGAACUGGCUAACGGUGCUACGAAAUAGAUUUCUUGAUUGCAGAGAGGCUGUAACAUUUAUCCCAUUUACCCAAGAUGUUUGCUUUGAAGCUUGGGUUAAUUAUUUUGCAGGUGGAGGAGCAACUUUUUAUUUGUAUUAUUAUUAUUUUUUGAGUUUAGAACAAUAACAAGUGAUGGAUUCUAUAUUAUUCAACUAGUUUUGAUUGUUAUUUUUUAAAUUAAUUAUAUUAUCCUUCUUGUGA